CCGGAAUGUCCCAUGGCAGCAAUUACUGGAUGUACAUUGUCGGGGGUUGUAUCGGGAUCCUUCUAUGUUCUGCAGUGUGUUUCCUGGUCUUUAGGUGUGGUGGCCGCAUUCGUGGUAGCCAUCAACGAAGAGGUGGGUUCCGACAAAGUACGCCUCUACCGCCUGUACCGCCUGUACCCAUCCCGCAUGAUGACCUGUAUGACGAGUUGGAUGUUGGACACUCGGACACCGAUAGCAGACCGUCGGGAUUGGACGAGGCAGGAAACGCGCAUGUUGACUUGUCCAAUAUGGGUGAUGAUAAACACAACAGCGAUUCAUUGAGGGUCAGUGUUUUCGGAAAUGUUUGCCCAAAGUUUCCUGGUCAAGAAACUAAGAGUGAGAUGCCUCAUCUCCAGAUGACAUGGUUGACGGAGACAGGCCCUACUGCUGUAGACGCCAAGGGUCCUGACAAAGCCGCAUCCAUUGAUGUGACAUGCGAUAAUACAUCCACUCACCUUGAUGAGGGACUUCACUUCAACCCAUCUUACACGAGUCUGGGUGGUAGGUCCAGACCUUCGAGGAAUUAUUUAUCUCCAGUCGAGGAAUAUAUUAAAGCGUAACUACCCUUAUGUAGUUUCACCUCAGACCUGAAUGAGCAGGACAUGUUUAUACGGCAAUAUGAAACUCAAGACGAUAUUCACAUGUUUCAAACUGUUGUGCAUUGCAUAUCUGCUUCCCGCUACAUAGCCUUGUAACCCAUGUGUGUAUAUAUACUUUAGGAAGUGAUAGGACAUUCCUUAUUAAGGGUGAAAGAGUGUUGUGAUUCAUAUUAUCGUUAUCCCAACACGGGUACGGUCAAGGCAAGCAUAAUCACUGAAUCACUCACUUCUCCAAACUAAAUUUGUCCUUCAGUGGAUUUAUACAACUGUACAUUGCUACAAGGAUGAUAUUGUGAGAUUUCUCUGAUGUGAAUGGCCCAAAUUUCAAAAGUUUCAACGCAUCUGCAUUCACUCAUUCCUUCAAGUGAUUGAUAUUCUGAGCAACUACCCACGCUAUCGAGGUGCAAUGACAGAACCAACCAAGUCGCAGAGCUUGUGGACAUUUUCUUCGACUCAGACGUCAGACGAGUGCUAGGGAACCAGCAUAACACGGGUUCCGACUAAGCAUCCUCACCUGUCGACUUUACAGACAAUACCAGCACCUUGAGCAUGUACUAGUUGCGUUGAUAUGUGCGCUAUAUAAAUGUCCUAUAAUAAAAAUAAAUGUUCCAGGGUUGAUGUAUCUUCCUGCAUGGAUAUUCAUGGAUAAUUAAUUAUGUGGCGAUAACUAAAUUCUGAUACAUUUGCGCGUGAAUGAUUGUAAUGAAAGUCAG